CAAAUUUAUUAUUGAAAAAACAAAGACCUAUAAGAUUUGGUACCGUGUCGUCAAGACUUUGUUGUUUCUCUUCUCUUUAGGUCAACAGAUAAGCGUAUUUAACUUAAAUUCAAGCAUAGAUCUGUAAGUUGUAGAAUUUGAAAAAAUCAACACCACAUACCUAUACCUAAGCAAAGCCUUAUAUACGUUAAUUCAUUCUUUUCGGAGAACGAGCGGUCUUUUUGCUUGUAACGAUGUUUAUCCUGAAGCUGCUGGAGAGACGACUCGUUUCUAAGAACAGAAUUAGUCUAUUCUCUGAGAAAACUAGCAUUAUUCUCCUAAUAUCGACUAUCACUGAGCUUUGUGUUGCCUCAUCGCCAGACCGUCUAGGACCACGGUUUGUCCACGAACCGCCAUCACUUGUUGAAUUCGACAAUAACACCGACACAGUGGUUCAUUGUUCGGCGCGAGGCAGUCCUAUUCCUCGUGUAACUUGGACGCAUCGGGACGGAAGUGACAUAAGAGAUGUACCUGGAUUACGUCACGUCCGGCCAGACGGAUCACUUUUCUUCCCGUCGUUUCGGAGCGAAAAUUAUAGGCCCGACAUACAUGAUGCCACAUACAGUUGUAUUGCUUCCAACAUCGUGGGAACACUUGGUAGUAGAGAUGUGCGUAUAAGAGGAGUUGUUCAACGCCACUUUAAGGUUCAAGUUCAUGAUGAAUUUGCAGUCAAGGGGAACGUUGCAGUAUUAAAAUGUCACGUCCCUUCUUUCGUUCGAGAGUAUGUUUCCGUUGCAUACUGGAAGCGAGAAGAUGGCGUUGUCAUACGUUCAACUGUGUCUAAAGGUGGCAGGUACAGCAUAUUACCGAAUGGUGAACUACAUAUUAGGGGUGUCACAAUGAAAGAUGAAUUGACUGGUUAUAGAUGUCACGUUCGUCACCGCUUGACAUCUGAUAUAACUAGUAGUACCGACGUAGGACGAUUGAUUGUCAAAGAUCCCCACAGCCUGUCACCGCCUCGAGUGAGAGACCAGCAACAAAGAAUUCAAGCUGUACUGGGCAAGGACAUCGAGUUAACCUGCGUUGCCCAAGCCUUUCCUGCUCCCACCUACAGAUGGUACAGAGACCAAUAUUUGAUAAGUCCUAGUUCUAGACUCACAAUCGUGGACAGUUCUCUGUUGAUAGAACAAGUGGAAAUAACAGACAGUGGAAAAUACGUCUGUAUCGUUAACAACAGCUUGGGAGAAAAAUCUGUGCAGAUAACAUUGAUAGUAACUGCCCCACUUUUGGCGGAAGUUCAACCGGAAACCCAAGAAGUUCGCAUUGGAAAGUCGGCCAUAUUUAAUUGUUCAAUUUCUGGACAUCCAGUUCACAGUGUUCAUUGGAAGAAGAAUAACCGGCCCCUAAUUGAAGACGGUAGAAUACGGCUGUUGAGCCGUGAAGUCUUGUACAUCAGUAAGGUGAAGAGGGGAGAUCAAGGAAUGUAUCAGUGUUUUGUGUACAAUAGUCAAGAAUCCGCGCAAGGAAGCGCAGAAUUAAAGCUAGGAGAAGUGGCUCCGUCCAUGAUGGUUACGUUUCCUGAAAGAAAUUUAAAACCAGGGAUGAGCUUAUCACUCAGUUGCUCAGCAUCAGGAAACCCUCUUCCCGUAAUCACCUGGAAACUGGACGGAUUUCCAAUUCCUGAAACCCCUCGCUUAAGAAUUGGUGAUUUUGUUACGUCUCAUGGUCACGUGGUUAGUUACGUCAAUAUCAGCGAUGUCAGAGUUGAAGAUGGCGGCGAGUACUCGUGUAAAGCAACCAAUGCUGUCGAUAGUGUUACUCACGCUGGGAAAAUAAACGUAUAUGGACCACCAAUAAUACGUCCGAUGGAAAACGUCACAGUCCUGUCCGGAGAAACCUUAACCCUAAGAUGUGCCGUGUCCGGUUACCCAAUUAAAAGUAUUACCUGGGAACGAGAUGGCUCUCCUUUGCCUCUGACGCAUCGCCAAAAGGUGGAGUCACAUGGCGCUCUAAUCGUAAGAAAAAUGGAAAGACCAGCUGACCAUGGAGAAUACACAUGCAUAGCCAAAAGUCCAGAAGGACUCACAGCAAGAGGACGGAUAUAUGUGAUUAUCAAAGUGGCGCCCCUUAUCGACGAAGAAUUUUUCCCAGAGACCAAAAUUGUGAGUCAGGGAAUGCGAGUCAAACUCGUCUGCGCCAUAAUUAAGGGAGAUACACCUAUCAGAAUCGGAUGGAUGAAAGAUGGCGAUGCUGUUGUCAGAGAAAACAGGAGACGGGUACAAACUUUGGAAGAUUCUUCUCUCCUCGUGCUGACGAAUGUAUCGUAUUCAGACAGUGGAAAUUACACAUGCUUUGCAUCGAAUAGUGCAGCUACUGUCAACAGAACAACAACGCUCGUUGUCAAUGUGCCACCCCAUUGGGUUAAGGAACCUUCCAACACAAAUGUUGUGCGUGGGUACCGUAUCUCUAUGGACUGUAUGGCAGACGGGUUUCCCAACCCUCGUGUUUUUUGGAAAAAAUCUACUGGAGAGAAACCGGUGGAUUUUAGAGAGAUUGGACCAAGUUAUAAAAUGCAAGUUUAUGGAAAUGGAAGUUUGGUUAUCCAAGAAACAGAAAUCACUGACAGUGGUUACUAUAUGUGUCAAGCUAAUAAUGGGAUAGACGAAGGUCUAAGUAAAGUCAUAUUUCUUAAAGUACACGCGCCUCCAGAAUUCGAGACUAAAUAUGGGAGUCAAGCAGUAAAGAAAGAACAAGACGCCAUUCUCAGUUGUGAAGCUAGUGGAGAAUCACCACUAAAAGUUCGCUGGGAGAAGGACAAGCAUAUUUUAGAUAUCGGUUCAAACAAAAAUUUAACUGGAACUACCAUAUUGAUGAUGUUUUUUGAUAUGCCGUAUCAACUGAUUGCAGAACCACCAAGCCCGCCAACAAAUCUAGCUGUCGUUGCCGUAACUAGCAGAACUAUAGAAUUGUCAUGGAAACCGUCUUAUAGUGGAAAUAGCGCCAUCUUGAAGUAUAUAGUACAGUAUAAAAAUGCCUCAGGUUCGUGGGAUAGGCACUUUACUCCUCUCGUCUUCUCCAGUUCAGAAACUUCAGCUACCAUUAGAGGAUUACUUCCGGUUACAACAUAUCAUUUCCGGGUGGUUACCGAGAACCUGCAAGGACAUAGUCAGCCAAGUGCAAUUGUAGAAUCCACAACAGCUGUGGAAGUGCCAGGUGGUCCACCAUUAAAUGUCUGUGUCGAGGCCACGGGGUCACAGUCUUUGAAAGUCACCUGGACACCACCGAAGCCAGAACUUCAGCACGGUGCCAUCCAAGGCUACUAUCUGGGUUACAAACAAACAGACAGUGACCAUCCGUUCCAGUACAAGCGUGUAGGGAAGUCCACUCGAGCUCACUACAUCACCUAUCUCACCAACUUGAAACGGAAUACAAAAUAUGCCGUCCUGGUACAAGCUUUUAAUAACGUAGGAGCUGGGCCUAGAUCGGACGAAACGUACGCUGUGACACUAGAAACAGCUCCACCCACUUCUCCUGUUAUAUCUGUAAUUUCUACAUCACCUUCAACUAUAACCAUACAGUGGAAGCGAGACGAAUAUGGCGACACUCUGAAAGAAUAUACUCUACACUACAAGCACGACGGCGAUGAUUGGAUGAAAGAAUCGAUAAAUGUUGAAUCCAACAGAUAUACAUUAAAAGACUUAAAAUGUGGCACACGGUAUCGCCUAUUUAUGACGUCAUCAAACAGCCUCGGAAGUGGAGAACCGCGUGAUCCUAUUACUAUAAGAACAAAAGGAGGGGCACCAGUCUCCCCUCGGAAAGAAGACUUUAUACAGCCAAACACGACAUUUUUAACGUUGAAUCUGGAAGCUUGGCAGAGUGGAGGCUGUCCAAUUCAAAACUUCAACGUCCAGUACCGUACUACGUUUCAGAGACGCUGGAUUACUGCCCGUCUACCGCUAAUAACGCUACAGAAUCAAUUUAUCAUACGUCACUUAGCGCCAGGCCGCGAAUAUAAUCUUCUCGUUAAUGCUCACAAUGAGGCUGGGACGACAGAAGCUGAGUAUACAGUAAAGACAUUAAAUUUUUCGUUGGCCUCCCCUACGAUUACAGCGCCACCUCCCGUUUUGGAAGAUUCUUAUCUGCCUUUUUACCGAAACUUGACCGUGCUGCUACCUGUCGCUAUUUCUAUCAUCGUUUUAUUGGUUGUCAUUGUUACUGUCAUUGUCUGUCUUCGACGCCAGUCGGAUACAAGCAGCCGGGCUAGCAGUGGAGAUAGUCAAUCAAGAAAAGGCAGACAAGGUGAUGCUGUCGGAAUGGUGGAUUUUUACCAAAAGGGAGGGAAAGAUGGCGAUGCUUCGUUAAAAUCAUCAACAUAUUUUUCCCCAGCAAGUGGCAAAAGUAUUGGAAUAACCUUUAAUAAUCGACACCGUCGUCAUGACGACAAUCAUGAAUAUGCUGAACCUUACGCUGCAGUACCGCCACCCAAAUGCGUUACACGCGAAGGCUGUCCAACAAUGUCAAGUGUUGCUGCAAGAACUGAUGGACCAUACGCUACUAUGAAGCGGAGCCCACCCCGACCGGUAACCUAUCUGCCACCCAUAAAUCAAGGUGUUAAAGUCAGAAACAGUCGACAGAUGGCACAACUUGAAAGACCAAUAACUUGUAAUAAUUCUGGAUCCAGCUCCUCGGGAUCAAGUGGAGAUAGGCCUAGUAGUAUGUAAAAAAAAAA